AUGCCUCGUAACGGCACCAAAGAGAACAUCCCCCUGACACACGGGAUGGAAGAGGACAGCUGCCAUCCGGACUAUUUCGAGCCCUGGCACAUGUCGACGCGACCGAGCCUGCCUGGCGUCUCCUCGCUGCUAGAUUUGGGCCAGUUUUGUGUCAUGUUUGAGAAGCGUGAGGGGAAGGGGCACAGAGAGGACAGACUUCGGGUUCAUGCAGUGUUCUGGGGGUGA